AUGUCACAAUCCAAUGGUGGGCCAGCCUUGGAGAAGGGGAUCUGGGCUGCCGUCAUCAUCGCCGCGGUGAUCGUUAUCUUACGGGUCUUUGCCAAAUUUAAGAUCAAACGGUUCAACGUGGAUGAUGUGCUGAUGAUCAUUGCUGAGAUCCUCGCAAUCGUCGCCGUGGUCUUUCUGACUCUAUCCGUGAAACAUGGCUUUGGUACCAAGCUAGGAGAUCCGUUUACGCACGAUACUUCCCUGGUUCUGAAAUACAUCGCCAUCCAAGUGCCCGUUGUCACCCUGAGUACCACGAUUGCCCGUUCAGCCUUCAUCAUCUACCUUUUAGGGAUUCUAGGCACCAAUAAACACUAUCAGAUCGCGUUAUGGACCGUGCUGGUCGUUCAAUUGGUGGGGAACAUUGUGUCCGCCGUGUUACCCCUUAGUAUCUGUCGCAAUGUGAAUGUACUCUGGGAUCCCACGGUGAAAACUACUUGUGGGGACUCUGCUGCAGUGAUCAACUUUGCCUACUUCUCGAACACCUUCAAUUCCGCCACCGACCUGUUCCUCGCUAUCUUUCCGACCGUGGUUUUCUGGAAUCUCAACCUCAAACUGCGCAUCAAGAUUAGUUUGAUGGUACUGCUCAGUCUUGGAGUAGUGGCUAUGGUUGCUUCUAUCGUCAAAACAACCAAGCUCAACCAAGUGCCCAGCAUUACGAACCUAGGCACGUCGGGGGGACUUGAACUGAUCCGCUGGGCAUAUAUUGAAAACUCUAUCAUCAUCAUCACAUCAUCUAUUCCCUGCAUUCGUCCCCUGAUCAUCUCAUCCGUGAGAAAGAUGUCCAGCGGUGGCUUCUCUCGAUCCUAUGAGCUCAGUCGCCAGACCGGUCCAAACAAAUCACGACAGUCCCAAGGCGCGCGCAGGUUCAAGUCACACAACACUAAAAACGAUAGUGUUGAGCGUAUUCUGGAUCAGAGCACCCAAACUAGCACGACGAUUGGCCGCCCUGAUUCCCCUACGCAAAUUCAUGAGGGAGCGAGGGGAAUCACCAAGCAGAUUGAGAUUUCGGUUCUAUCGGAUGACGGGGAGCACCAUGCCGGAAGGCAUGUUUAG